GAGAUAUGCUUGCUCUCGCCGGCGGUUUAAUUCUCGCGGUAUUUCCUCAUUUCCUCCUCUUUUACUCCCUGUGUUCAACAUGGCAGUCGGCAAGAAUAAGAGGCUGACCAAAGGUGGCAAAAAAGGUGCCAAAAAGAAGAUUGUUGACCCCUUCUCCAAGAAGGACUGGUAUGAUGUCAAGGCACCAGCCAUGUUUAACAUCCGCAACCUGGGCAAGACCUUGGUCACCAGGACUCAGGGAACCCGGAUUGCCUCUGACGGUCUGAAGGGACGUGUGUUCGAGGUCAGUCUGGCUGAUCUGCAGAACGAUGAAGUGGCCUUCCGUAAAUUCAAGCUUGUCACAGAAGACGUGCAGGGCAAGAACUGUCUCACCAACUUCCACGGCAUGGAUCUUACCCGUGACAAGAUGUGCUCCAUGGUCAAGAAAUGGCAGACCAUGAUUGAGGCCCAUGUUGAUGUGAAGACCACCGAUGGCUAUCUCCUUCGUCUUUUCUGUGUGGGCUUCACCAAGAAGCGCACCAAUCAGAUCAGAAAGACCUCCUAUGCUCAGCACCAGCAGGUCCGUCAGAUCCGCAAGAAGAUGAUGGAGAUCAUGACCCGUGAGGUUCAGACCAAUGACCUCAAGGAAGUGGUCAACAAACUGAUUCCUGACAGCGUAGGCAAGGACAUUGAGAAGGCCUGCCAGUCCAUCUACCCUCUUCAUGAUGUCUACGUCAGGAAGGUUAAGAUGCUGAAAAAGCCCAAGUUUGAGCUUGGCAAGCUGAUGGAACUGCAUGGUGAGGGUGGAACUACCACCACUGCCACUAAACCUGCAGAGGGCGAAACUGGGGCCAAGGUGGAGAGAGCUGACGGAUAUGAGCCCCCCAUCCAGGAGUCUGUCUAAAACUCCCAACACAAACAACUGAUGUCAAUAAAAAUGUAAAUUUGAA